CCAGGCGGCGGGGCGGGGCCAGCGCGCCUGCGCCGGCUAGACAAAGGGGAGGGUCGCGGCCGGCCCCGCCCCUGAGUGCCCCGCCCCGCGCGGUCGCUCCGCGGGGCUUAUGGCUCCCGCGUUCCCGCGGCCACCGUCACCGUUGCCGCCGCUAUGUACCCUGCGGGACACCCUGCUGGGCCGGCCCCACGCCCGGCCGAUUCGCCGCGGCUCCCGGCGCCGCCGCCCGCGCCCGCGCCGCGCCCGAGCGUGGCCUUCCGCAAGGCCUACUCCAUCAAGGACAAGCUGCGGGCCAUCGAGCGCGUCAAGGGCGGCGAGCGGCAGGCCAGCGUGUGCCGCGACUUCGGCGUGCCCGGGGGCACGCUGCGCGGCUGGCUCAAGGACGAGCCCAAGCUGCGCUGGUUCCUGGAGCAGCUGGGCGGCGAGGUGGGCACGCAGCGCAAGAAGAUGCGACUGGCCAACGAGGAGGAGAUUGACCGCGCCGUGUAUGCGUGGUUCCUGACGCUGCGCCGGCACGGCGUGCCGCUGUCGGGGCCGCUCAUCCAGGCGCAGGCCGAGGCCUUCGCGCGCCAGAUCCACGGGCCCGAGUGCACCUUCAAGGCCAGCCACGGCUGGUUCUGGCGCUGGCAGAAGCGCCACGGCAUUUCCAGCCAGCGCAUCUACGGUGAGGCCGAGGCUGCUGCUGCUGCGCCCGCGCCCGGGCCACCGGUCAAGCAGGAGCCCGAGCCCGCGCCCGGCGCCGGCCCCGCGCCCGCCCGCGCGUCCGCGACGCCGGGCCCCGCCGACGGCGGCUAUGGGGACGAGCAGAUCUACAACGCCAACGUCACCGGCCUCUACUGGAAGCUACUGCCCGAGCGGGCGGCACCCCGGAGCCCCGGGGGCCGCGGCCACCACGGACGUGGGGACCGGGUCACCGUGCUGCUGGCCGCGAACCUGACCGGCAGCCACAAGCUGAAGCCGCUGGUGAUCGGGCAGCUGCCGGAUCCCCCGAGCCUCCGCCACCACAACCAGGACAAGUUCCCCGCCUCCUACCGCUACAGCCCCUACGCCUGGCUCAGCCGCCCGCUGCUGCGCGGCUGGUUCUUCGAGGAGUUCGUGCCAGGCGUUCGGCGCUACCUGCGCCGCAGCUGCCUGCAGCAGAAGGCUGUGCUGCUCGUGGCCCACCCGCCAUGCUCUGGCGCUGCCGCGCGGGCUGCUGCCCCGGAGGAGGGCGAGGAGCCCCGCAGGCUGCGCUUCCCCCACACCGCCGGCUCCCCGGAGGAGCUACAGACGCCCGACGGGGCCGUGCGCAUGCUGUUCCUGAGCGCAGGCAGCGAUGGUGCGCACAUCCCCGCCCCGCUGGAGCAGGGCGUGGUGGCCGCCUUCAAGCAACUGUACAAGCGGGAGCUGCUGCGCCUGGCGGUGUCGUGUGCCGCGGGCUCGCCGCUGGACUUCAUGCGCAGCUUCAUGCUCAAGGACAUGCUCUACCUGGCCGGCCUCUCCUGGGACCUAGUGCAGGCGGGCAGCAUCGAGCGCUGCUGGCUCCUGGGCCUGCGCGCGGCGUUUGAGCCUCGGCCUGCGGAGGAGCACGGGAGGCAGCUGGCCAGCCAGGUGGAGUCAGCAGCCGAGCACAGCACUGUGUUCAGCGACCUCACGCACCUGACCGCCCUGGCCUACCAGCGCCUGGCUCCUGAGGAGGUGGCCGAGUGGCUGCAUCUGGACGACGAAGGGGGUUUGUCAGAUGGCAGCAGGGGCGACGCGGGCCCCGCCCACGGUCCCUGCCUACCUGAUCUGGGGGAGGAGAACGCUCCUGACCGAGGAGUGGCCCCAGUGCCUACAGCCGGGGAGGCUGUGCGGGGUCUGGAGACGGCCCUGCGGUGGCUGGAGAGCCGGGACCCACUGGAAGUGGGGCCCCUCAAGCUGGUGCAGCUGCGCUCGCUGGUCAGCAUGGCCCGCAGGCUGGGGGGCGUCACGCCCUCCCCAGCAGGCCCUGCCCAGGGUGAGUGAGCCCGCCACUGCACUUGGACCCGAGGUCUUCCCAUCCUCCUGCCUCUGGGAUCUGUGGCCACCUGACCUGCAGGAUUCUGUGAAGGGUCAUCCCACCCUUGAGGGGCAGCUCUCCAGGGCUCCUCCCCAGCCCUUGCAGUGCCUCCACUGUGGCCACCCCAGUGACGUGACCUGGAUGUGGCUUUGGCCAGAGCCCUGGCGCUGCAUGGCCAUCCCAUGGGGGAGGCCUGGCCUAUUUUGGCCUUUGUUGUGUUGAGUCCAUCUCAGACUUUCGAGGGCCGGCCGGCCUUGGGGCUCCUGAGCCACUCAGUGCAGCUGGGCUGAAGGUGGCAGUGGGAGUUUCCUGGGUGCAGGAUCCCAUUGGAGCUGCUCCACGCCUCAGGCUGGGCCCUGGUGCUUCCCCCAGUGUCAGCUUGCUCGGUCUCCCUUGGCCACAGCCCUGAGCAGCUGCCUGUCCAGAUGUGGGCCCAGCACUGACAGCCAUGCCAGGGUGACCCUCAGUGCCUUCUUGCCCCACGGCCCUUCUGGGCAGUGCUGUGGGAUGCCAGGAAGUUGCUCCUUGCCCUGUGGAACGGGGCUGCCACGUGAUGGUGUGAGAGGAAAGGCUCUGGAUCCCUGGGUGGGGCUGCGAGAGCCACACUGGCCCUGAACCUGGAGGAGCCAGGACAGGCAAGGCUGCUUGGGGACGCUUGUCCCCUCCCCCAGCUGUCCAGCUGAUGGCCUUCCGUGUGGAAAGGGGCCUGUGCUGGCCGCCUAGAAGCCUCUGCCAGGGUUUCCCCCUGGCACUGGCUAGGCCCUUUGGGGACAGCCACUGCAGUCUCCUCAGGAUAGCAGGGUUGUGGUCCCCUUGUGCCAUGUGGUCCCCUGGGGCACUAGCAUGUAGACCCACCACCCGGGCCCUGUUUCAUAUGAAGUCACGGGGAAGUCAGGCCAGGGGCUUCCUCAAGGAACCCUGGAGUUGCCACAGAUUGGCUUAGUGACCCCAGCUAGGUACCUUCCCUGUGUCACCUGCCUGGCCAGUCUGGGAGUUUGCAUGAGGGUGGGGCUCUGCUGCACAUGGGGGCUUGUCCUGACCACAUGCUCAUACCAGGGUUGGGUACCCUGGUCAGGGCCUUCUGGCACUACAGGAUGCGGAAAGUCACUCCAAGAGGUGCUCACCUGGAGAGGUGGUGUGGCUCAGGGCACUGCUCACCUCCAGAUCUGUCAGAACCUGUGACCCUAAGGCAGCUCCAGCCCUGGCUCAGGUAGGGGCACCCUUGGGCAAGGCUGGAGUAUGAGUCCUGGGGGGCCAUGGGACCCCAGUGCUCUGUAAUAAAGGUCAGACAUGGUCA